GGAUUUACAAACAGAACAGUGCUGAUUGUUGCUUGAAUUGUAUAAGUAAGGUCUGCUGCUGGGACUUGGGAAGGAUUUACAAAGAAUAGCUGAGAAGUCAUCACUGAUCCAGAAACCUGAUCCAACUCUUGGAUUUAGAAUUUAUCCAAGUACACAAGAGAUGGAGAUGGCCAGGCAGACAGGUGGAGCUGAAUGAAUUGAGCCUAAAUAUGGUCAAGGGAAUGGAAUGGCUGGAUCAGAGCACUUGUGUGAAGGUUGCUGUUUGAGAUAAGGUCAAAUGUGCAGCUUUUUCAGCAGCACCUGAGAGUCUGGCUGUGGACUUGGUAUUUUAAUCUGGAGAUGAUGGAAAGCGUACAGGUCAAAGUGCAUACCAAAUCCAGCUCAGCAAAUGGAGCGCUAGGCGAGUGCUAAUAAGAUGAAAUGUACACUGGAAAAAGUGCAAAGGCAUGUGUGUGUGUCUAUGUGUGUAUGUGUAUGUGCAUGUACCUCUGAAGAAGGGCAAAAGUUCAAGGUGUAGGCCAUGGUUUUAACAGUAUUUGAUUUGAGACAAGAUAGAGAUGUUAAUGUGUCUAUAAGCUCAAUAUGGGUCCUUGGUGUGAUUUGGCUGGGAAGAGCCUCCUGUACUUCAGGCUCCAACAGCAGGAGUAGAGUUGCCAGAACAAAAGUUGUACUGGAAUGCUGUUUUCUUUCCCUAGGUCCUUGAAGACAACUGCUUUGAUAAGAUGUCUAAUAUUCAUACAGGAGCUUCGCGAGCUCUUCCCUGGGGGAGAGUCUUAUUCUCAUGUGCUAUUCCAUUCAGGUUUUUCUAGGACUCAGAGCCAACUUCACUUUCUCGAACCAUCGCACAUCUUCAUGCAGAGUUUACUGAGCCACCUGAUGUGACAUGUUCAAAACCUGUCUGGGAGAAGAAGUAUCGAUGUACAACCAGGAAUGCUGGGAGCAUCGCCCUGCUCUCGGGAGCUUAGCUCGUUGGCCCCCGGAGUGUCCCCUCAUCCCUUCUAGUCCAAGUCAUGGCUUCUGAGGAUUUUGCAGCCCCUAAGGAACAGAGUGGAAUGCACAAAGCACAGAUUUUCGGGUUGGGCCCUGGGGCUUCCGUGGAUGGCCUGCUGCCCAGGUACUCACGUCCUCAGUCAGAACAGCUCCCUGUCAGCAUGGUGGGGAAACCCUACCAGUAUGUGCCUGAGCCUCUGAGAUGGGGAAUUUGGAUGCCAGCCCCUUCCUCAUCUCUGCCCACACAAGAGAGCCUGUCAACGUGGAAAACAAACAGGAAGGCACUUAAUGGUGUCUGUUCUGGAUGUUCCUACAGCAUCAUUGCCUCCCCAGGAUCCCCCAGCUAACACCAGUCCUCCGCUGGAACCAAGUUCCUGAAAGUGUGCCUCAUUUUCUUCAUCUGCAUAGGAAGGAUGAUUAAGUGCCAUCCUCUACAGAGAUGUAGUCUGUUACUGCCAUUUACAGUGGCCCUCAGCCCAGGAGCCCUAAGUGGCUCCCUUCAACCACCCCCCACCCAGGACACCCAUGGGCAGCUAGGGACUGAUGAGCUCGCUGUGAGGCCUCUGAGACCGACCCACUUGCCCAGUCCUGGCCCGGGGGGGGGUGGGGGUGCUGUGACGGCAGAUGGGCGUGCCAGCCGCCAGAUUCCUGAGGCCCGCCCUGCAGUGGGCUACGCCCAGCCAGGGAGUCUCCAGAGGUGAGGCCGUUCUUUAAAAACUGGGAGCCAGGAGAGGAGCCCCCACAUUCAAGGGGUGCUCUCAGAGGCCAUCUGGAGAGAGAAGAGCAAGCAGCACGGAGCAAGGUGAGGUCCUCUGUGGGGAUUCCCCUAUUGGCUGAAAAUGAGGCCACUCCUACUCCUGGGUUUUGUCUUGCCCAGUUUCCUGUGUGCCCAGCAAGCCUGCUCCCGUGGGGCCUGCUAUCCACCCAUUGGGGACCUGCUCAUUGGGAGGACCCGGUUUCUCCAUGCUUCAUCCACCUGUGGACUGACCAAGCCUGAGACCUACUGCACCCAGUAUGGCGAGUGGCGGAUGAAAUGUUGCAAGUGUGACUCCAGGUUGCCUCAUAAUUACAACGGCCACCGAGUGGAGAAUGUGGUUUCAUCCUCAGGCCCCAUGCGCUGGUGGCAGUCCCAGAAUGAUGUGAAUCCUGUCUCUCUGCAGUUGGACCUGGACAGGAGGUUCCAGCUUCAAGACAUCAUGAUGGAUUUUAAGGGGCCCUUGCCCGCCGGGAUGCUGAUUGAGCGGUCCGCAGACUUCGGCAACACCUGGCAGGUGUACCAGUACCUGGCUGCUGACUGCGCCUCCGUCUUCCCCCGGGUCCGUCAGGGCCAGCCUCAGAGCUGGCAGGAUGUUCGGUGCCAGUCCUUGCCCCAGAGGCCUAAUGGGCAUCUGGACGGGGGGAAGGUUCAACUUAACAUCAUGGAUUUAGCAUCUGGGAUUCCAGCAACUCAAAGUCAAAAAAUUCAAGAGCUGGGGGAAAUCACAAACUUGAGAAUCAACUUCACCAGGCUGGCCCCUGUGCCCCAGAGAGGCUACCACGCCCCCAGCGCCUACUAUGCAGUGUCCCAGUUGCGUCUACAGGGGAGCUGCUUCUGUCAUGGCCACGCUGACCGCUGUGCCCCUAAGCCUGGAGCCUCUUCCAGCCCCUCUACCGCUGUGCAGGUCCACGAUAUCUGUGUCUGUCAACACAACACCGCCGGCCCCAAUUGUGAACGCUGUGCACCCUUCUACAACAAUCAGCCCUGGAGACCUGCAGAUGACCAGGACCCCCAUGAGUGCCAACCGUGCGACUGCAACGGGCACUCUGAGACCUGUCACUUCGACCCAGCUGUGUUCGCCGCUAGCCAGGGGGCGCACGGAGGUGUGUGUGACGACUGCCGGGACCACACCGAGGGCAAGAACUGUGAGCGGUGUCAGCUGCACUAUUUCCGCAACCGGCGUCCUGGAGCUCCCAUUCAAGAGACCUGUAUCCCCUGCGAGUGUGAUCCCGAUGGGGCAGUGCCGGGCGUUCCCUGCGACCCAGUGACUGGGCAGUGCGUGUGCAAGGAGCAUGUGCAGGGGGAGCGCUGUGACCUGUGCAAGCCGGGAUUUACAGGACUCACCUAUGCUAACCCACAGGGCUGCCACCGCUGUGACUGCAACAUCCUGGGGUCUCGUCGGGACAUGCCGUGUGAUGAGGAGAGCGGGCGCUGCCUGUGUCUGCCCCACGUGGUGGGCCCCAAAUGUGACCAGUGCGCUCCCUACCACUGGAAGCUGGCCAGCGGUCGGGGCUGUGAGCCGUGUGCCUGUGACCCUCACAACUCCCUCAGCCCCCAGUGCAACCAGUUCACAGGGCAGUGCCCCUGUCGAGAAGGGUUCGGUGGCCUGACCUGCAACGCUGCAGCCCUCCGCCAGUGUCCUGACCGGACCUAUGGAGACACAGGCACAGGAUGCCGUGCCUGUGACUGUGACUUCCGGGGAACAGAGGGCCCAGGCUGUGACAAGGCCUCGGGCCGCUGCCUCUGCCGCCCUGGCUUGACCGGACCCCGCUGUGACCAAUGCCAACGAGGUUACUGCGACCGCUAUCCAGUGUGUGUGGCCUGCCACCCUUGCUUCCAGAGCUACGAUGCUGACCUCCGGGGGCAGGCCUUGCGCCUCAGCGGCCUGCGCAAUGCCACUGCCAGCCUGUGGCCAGGGCUGGGUCUGGAGGAUCCUGGCCUGACUGCCCGGAUCAUGGGUGCAAAGAGCAAGAUGGAGCAGAUCCAAGCAAUUCUCUCCAGUGCCUCGGUCACCGAGCAGGAGGUGUCCCAGGUGGCCAAUGCCAUUUUCUCCAUCAGGCGGACUCUCCAGGGCCUGCAGCCUGAUCUGGCCCUAGAGGAGGAGACCUUGUCCCUCCCGGGAGACCUGGAGAAUCUGGACAGAAGCUUCAAUCGCCUGCUCGUUAUAUAUCAGAGCAAGAAGGAACAGUUUGAAAGGAUAAGCAGUACAGAUCCUUUAGGGGCCUUCCGGGUGCUGACUGCAGCCUACCAGCGGUCCUCCCAGGCUGCUCAGCAGGUCUCCGACGGCUUCCACCUGCUCCUCCAGCUCAGGGACAGCCGGAGAGAGGCAGAGAGGCUGGAGGGGCAGGUGGGAGGAGGAACGGGAGCCGGAGGUCCCCAGCUCGCAGCUCUAAGCCUGGGGAUGGCUUCCUUGCCUGAUCUGAUGCCCACCAUUAACAAGCUCUGUGGGGGCUCCAGGCAGACGGCCUGUACCCCAGGAGCGUGCCCCGGAGAGCUGUGUCCCCGAGACAACGGCACGGCAUGUGGCUCUCACUGCAGAGGCGCCCUCCCCAAAGCGGGUGGGGCCUUCCGGACUGCGGGCCAGGUGGCCAGGCAGCUGCAGGGUUUCAACACCCAGCUCCAGCAGACCAGGCAGAUGAUCAGGGCAGCAGAGGAGGCCGCCUCGAAGGUGCAGUCAGACGCUCAGCGCCUGGAGACCCAGGUGAGCGCCAGCCGCUCCCAGAUGGAGGAAGAUGUCAGACGCACACGGCGCCUCAUCCAGCAGGUCCGAGACUUUCUGUCAGACCCUGACACUGAUGCAGCCACCAUCCAGGAGGUCAGUGAGGCCGUGCUGGCCCUGUGGCUGCCCACAGACUCCGCCACCGUCCUGCGGAAGAUGAAUGAGAUCCAGGCCAUCGCAGCCAGGCUACCCAAUGUGGACCUGGUGCUGUCGCAGACCAAGAAGGACAUUGCUCGGGCUCGCAGGCUCCAGGCUGAGGCUGAGCAGGCCAGGAGCCGAGCCCACGUGGUGGAGGGCCAGGUGGAGGAUGUGGUGGGGAACCUGCGUCAGGGCACAGUGGCACUGCAGGAGGCUCAGGACACCAUGCAAGGCACCAGCCGCUCCCUUCGGCUUAUCCAGGAAAGGGUUGCUGAGGUUCAGCAGGUGCUGGGGCCAGCGGAAAGACUGGUGGCCGGCAUGACGGAGCAGCUGGGUGACUUCCGAGCACGGAUGGAGGCGCUCCGCCUGCAGGCUAGGCAGCAGCGGGCACAGGCAGCUCAGGCCCAGCAGCUCGCGGAAGGCGCUGAACAGCAGGCGCUGAGCGCCCAGGAGGGAUUUGAGAGAAUAAAGCAAAAAUAUGCUGAAUUGAAGGACCAGUUGGGUCGUAGCCCCAUGCUGGGGGAGCAGGGAAGCCGGAUCCUGAGCGUCAAGACAGAGGCAGAGGAGCUGUUUGGGGAGACCAUGGAGAUGAUGGACAGGAUGAAAGACAUGGAGUUGGAGCUGCUUCGGGGGAGCCAGGCCAUCGAGCUUCGCUCGGCAGACCUGACGGGGCUGGAGAAGCACGUGGAACAGAUCCGCGACCACAUCAAUGGGCGUGUGCUCUACUAUGCCACCUGUAAGUGAUGUGCCGGCUUCCAGCCCCUGGCCCUGCCCGUCUGCCCUCUUUACUUUUGGAGGACAGACUGGGUUGGAAUGCUUUCCAGCUCCAGGAGACUUUUAUACAGUCGAAAGCACAACGUGGUCCACCCCUGGUGUGCAGCUGUUAAGAUUGUUCUGGGCUGCAGCUGAGCCCGAGAUGAUGGGAAAUUACAUUUGAGAGACAGAGAGGGUGGAGGCGGGCCGUGCCUUUGUGACUGGGAGCUCUCAAGUGCAGGGAGCUUGGCUGGGCAGCGUGCAUGCCCUUCAUCCUCCAUUGAGGCUGAGUCCUGGACGAACCCAAAAUCUUAACAAAAAGUGAUGUACAAACUAAAAGCCCAAUAAAAAUCUUUGGAAAGAA